AUGCUGGUGAAGAAGCAAGCAGGGAAAGGAGGGGGGCGGGAGCCGGGCUCCGAGGACCGGAGCCCAGCCGGGCAGCGUUGUGCCCGGACCGUGUCCCCGUGCGCCGCCCUGGCCGCCCUCCUGUCAGUAGUGGCCGUGAUGUCUUGUCUGUACCUGGGGGUGAAAACCAACGACCUCCAGGCGAGGAUCGCCGCCCUCGAAUCCGCCAAAGGAGACCCUUCCAUCCGUCUGCUGCCUGAUUGUCUGGAUCAGCUCAAAGCAAUGGUGCAAGAGAAAGUGGAGCGACUUCUGGCUCAGAAAUCCUAUGAACAUAUGGCUAAAAUAAGAAUUGCAAGAGAAGCACCUUCAGAGUGUAACUGCCCAGCAGGCCCUCCGGGGAAACGAGGUAAAAGGGGCCGAAGAGGAGAAUCUGGUCCUCCUGGUCAGCCUGGUCCUGAGGGCCCUCCUGGUCCAAAAGGUGAUAAGGGAGAACAGGGCGAUCAGGGGCCUCGGAUGGUGUUUCCUAAAAUCAAUCAUGGGUUUCUCUCUGCUGAUCAGCAGCUCAUUAAACGCCGCCUGAUUAAGGGUGACCAAGGACAGGCUGGGCCUCCAGGCCCUCCAGGCCCUCCAGGCCCACGAGGGCCUCCUGGGGACACAGGGAAAGAUGGCCCCCGCGGAAUGCCAGGAGUGCCUGGUGAACCAGGGAAACCAGGAGAACAAGGUUUGAUGGGUCCUCUGGGGCCUCCAGGACAAAAGGGUUCUGUUGGAGCACCUGGAAUUCCAGGGAUGAAUGGGCAAAAGGGUGAACCCGGGUUGCCUGGAGCAGUAGGACAGAAUGGAAUACCAGGGCCAAAGGGAGAACCUGGAGAACGAGGAGAAAAGGGAGAUGCUGGAGAGAAUGGCCCCAAAGGUGAUACAGGGGAAAAGGGUGACCCUGGAUCGUCCGCUGCAGGAAUUAAGGGAGAGCCCGGAGAAUCUGGUCGUCCAGGACAAAAGGGUGAACCAGGGCUUCCUGGGCUUCCUGGACUUCCGGGGAUAAAGGGAGAACCAGGUUUCAUUGGUCCUCAAGGAGAACCAGGCUUACCAGGGUUACCAGGAACAAAGGGCGACCGUGGGGACACAGGGCAUCCUGGAAGAGGGGAUCGAGGGGAGCCUGGAGCCCCUGGACCAAAGGGGAAACAAGGUGAAUCAGGAACUAGAGGCCCAAAGGGGUCAAAGGGUGACCAUGGAGACAAAGGAGACUCUGGAGCCCUGGGACCAAGGGGUCCACCUGGUCAAAAGGGAGAUCAAGGAGCCACCGAGAUCAUAGACUACAACGGCAACCUCCACGAAGCCUUGCAGAGGAUUACCACCUUAACAGUCACGGGUCCCCCUGGACCACCUGGACCUCAAGGACUACAAGGGCCAAAGGGAGAGCCAGGAUCUCCAGGAGUCCCAGGAGUUGAUGGAGAGCAGGGACUCAAAGGUUCAAAGGGAGACAUGGGGGACCCAGGUAUGCCAGGUGAAAAAGGAGGAAUUGGACUUCCUGGAUUACCGGGUGCCAAUGGAAUGAAAGGAGAAAAAGGAGACUCGGGAUUGCCAGGUCCUCAGGGUCCUUCCAUCAUAGGCCCACCAGGCCCACCAGGUCCCCAUGGCCCACCAGGCCCCAUGGGACCCCAUGGACUUCCUGGACCAAAGGGAGCAUCUGGCUUAGACGGAAAGCCAGGAUCCCGGGGUACAGAUGGCCCUAUGGGACCCCAUGGCCCUGCAGGUCCCAAAGGAGAAAGAGGUGAAAAAGGAGCAAUGGGAGAGCCGGGACCCCGAGGGCCGUAUGGUCUUCCCGGGAAAGAUGGAGAGCCUGGUCUUGAUGGUUUCCCUGGUCCACGAGGCGAGAAGGGUGAUCUAGGAGAAAAGGGGGAAAAGGGAUUCCGUGGCGUUAAGGGGGAAAAAGGGGAGCCAGGCCAGCCUGGCCUGGAUGGGCUGGAUGCCCCUUGCCAAUUGGGACCAGAUGGAUUACCCAUGCCUGGCUGUUGGCAAAAGUGAUGAAUCUAACCUUCCGAGCAUGAAGUUGUGUAUAUAAUGGUCCACUUUUUAUAUUUAUAG